AUGCCCUUCUAUUUUCAGCCAGGAACUCACACCCCAAGGACAUCUACCUUCAAGUUGACUGCAGAUUCACAAUCAUUUACGCCACUCGGCAACAUAGAACACAGGUUGUUGAAUUGACACAUGGAAGAUGUAGAUCAACCUGUUCGCCUACUUCGAUUCGUCAAAUACGAUGAAAUCUCAACAUGCCAGACGGCGUCGCCGUGUGUACCGGACAUUUGCGGCGAUGGAGUCAAUUGGAGGAGAGUGAAUUACGGGGGACAGGGCUGCUGGUCUUUAAAGCAAAAACGUUUCGUACGUCGUAGCUGCGCCAUUUUGCGUCAGCCAUCGCUCUUGACCUCUGUGUGUCAACCGGAGAGCCAUGUGAUUGCGCCGAAGACGUCCCGUGACGUCAAAAUGGAGCGCCAACAGCUUCGCCACCACCAUCUCAACUGUCGCAGUUUGGACAGUGGUGAUCCAAUCUCAGUUCGGGAAGAAGAAGAAGAGUCGACGGUCAUUACUCCACCCAAGGAUUUUCAAGAUCAUCUGGCAGACAGCUGCAAAAUAACGUCGAGCAGCAUCAGCGAGAGUCUGUCGGUGGUCGUUUCCGGUGGCGAUACGACAGAGACGAUACUUGAGCCGCCGGCCAUGUUUCGACCGCCAGCAAUUCGACUCAGACCCAAGACGGAACUGUUUUGGACGACGGAGCCACCGGUUUGGCCGCCUCUCCUUCCGGCUGUGAACGAGACGGCCAGCCAGGUUUUCAACGACGAGCUGGAACGACUGAAAUCACACUCGCUUUUUCUCCGCUUCCCGUUAGAAGGCGCCGCACGCGUCCAUUAUCGAUCAUCCAAGAGCGUCGUCAUUCAAUCCACUUCCGUCAAUCAAUACAGGAUCAGGACGGAAGAGACGACCGAGGCCAAUUAUCCAUCCGACGGGCUCUACGAGGCCGUUUCGGAGACGGAAAGCGAAGACGAAGAUGAGGAAACCAGCAAGGAAGAGCCGACAGCCAAUAGACGGACUCACUCGCCUGGAAAUCAUCGAGUGUCGGCUGCUAGACUCUCUUCUUCCUCUGGAUUGUCUUCAUCACAAGCCACGACAACAUCAUCGACAGCCUCGGAUGCAGAUAGUGGAAUCGAUGGCGUCAGCCCGCGUGUUUCGGCCGCCGCUUUCGGUGAAUCGACUCUCAGCCCGUCGCAGAGCAUCUUGUACAUCGAUAGCAUCAGUGCACGCAAUAGUGUCGUGCACGAUACCACAACGGAAGAACAGCAAGCGGAUGAUUCCCACCCUGAAGAAUCUUCCAGACAUCAGUCUGAUGAAGGAUCAUUUAACGACACGAGGGCUAGUAUCCUAGUCGUAGAAGGAGAUCCACGUCGGGAUAGGGCGCAUCGCGUCGCCCUAGAGCUUUUACAAACUGAACGGACUUAUGUUGACGUUUUACACUUGCUUGAUCAGGUGUUCCAGUUCCGGAUUGACCAGGAAAACAGGGCGCAUGGAAUGUUUGCCCAGGAUUUAAUUCCGCAAAUGUUUUCCAACAUCAAAUCAUUGUUUAAAUUGCACCAUGACUUUUUCUUACCACGACUGGAAGAACGUCUUAGAGAUUGGGAAGAUCAGGAGCAACAAGAACGACGUAUCGGUGACAUCAUGACGAGUUUUGCUCCAUUUCUCAAAAUGUAUGCAGAAUACGUUCGCAAUUUUGACCACGCAACGAAUCUCAUUAGCAGCAUGAGCUUAAAAUCGCCACGUUUUCUCGCCAUCGUUGAUGAAAUUCAGCAACUGCCCCAGUGCGGCCAUUUGAGUCUACAGCAUCAUAUGUUGACACCAAUCCAACGAGUUCCACGAUACGAAAUGUUAUUACGUGAUUAUCUAAGGAGGCUGCCUGAAAAUUCAGCUGAUCGAGCGGAAACCGAGAAAGCGCUUCAUUUGGUCUCGACAGCGGCCAAUCAUGCCAACGAAGCGAUGAAGAAGAUUGACCAGUUUAAACAGCUGCUGGAGAUCCAGGAGAGUUUAGGCGGCGCCGUCGAUCUCGUCUCGCCCACCCGCGAACUGGUGAAAGAGGGCAAAAUCGUCAAAAUUUCAGCUAGAAGUGGCGACCACCAAGAACGCUAUCUCUUUCUCUUUACCGAUUUGUUGUUGCUCUGCUCGCCACGACUCAUCCCUAAUCGGGUCAUUGGGGGUGCUGGACUACCGCCAUACCGCGUACGUGCCCGCUUCACCGUCUCCAAUGUGGAAGUGUUGGAAGGGGACAAUUUGGAGACGGCAAACACUUUCUACCUGCGUGAAGGAGCCAAAACAGUGGAACUGUAUACUGGCACUCAAGAGGAGAAGGAAGCGUGGAUCGACGCCCUUUUUGCUACCAUGACGGAGUUGACACGUCGUAAAUCUUCACUGCGGAUCUCACCAAUGCAGUCACAACAAGUCAGACCACCCUGCCUAGACACGGAUAAUAGUGAUUUACAGUUGGGCAAGGCAGCCCCGACGUUAGUUCGUAUGGAUUCCGUUACAAGAUGUUUCCAUUGUCAGGGACAGUUUUCCGUUAUGAAACGCAGACAUCAUUGCUACUCUUGCGGAAGGGUGGCCUGCAAUCGUUGUUCUAAUCAUAAACUUCCUCUACCGUAUGAUGGCACCAAAUCUUGGAGAGUUUGUGACCCCUGUCAUGAAGUCUUGAUUUCGCCUGGACGUCGAGAGUCGGCCAAUGUUUCACCUGCUACUACACCCGAGUUGGCUCCUUCACCUCCCAGUCUACGGUCAAGUCUCCUAGAGGUCGAUGUGGAGACGCCUUCCGUGCUGAGUGGGUACCUCAGUCUCAAGACUCGUGGCAAAACGUGGCAGCGGCGCUGGUUCGCCCUGCGUUCGGAUUUUGUGCUAUACUCAUAUCGAAGUCAUCAAGGCGAAAGGCGGUCAAUGACCGCGACCCCAGUUCCCGGCUUCGCAGUUACUCUUGUUAGCGGUUCCAGUAGUUUGCUGGCCGACGGUACCAGUCCUAGUCCCCUGCAAACCGUUAUUGAUCAGGCUAGCAAACUGGCAACACCUAACGGCGACGGGGGAGGGAUGAUUUCAGAACGUGACAGAUCUUUUAAAAUGGCUCAUGUCCACAAGAGCUAUCAGUUCCAGUCGUCGACUCGACAAGAAGCUGAAAAGUGGGUCCAGUUCCUACAAAUGGCUGCUAAAGCUGAUUUGCCAUCUCCAUCAUGACGCUGUUAACGAAAGCGACGAAAACUACCAAAGAUAUUGUACAUAUCCUUCGAUUUCAAAGAAAAGGUAUUAAUCAAGCAUUGUUUUUGUAAAGCCUUGUAUGUAGGAUUUGUUUAUUGUAGCUUUCUUUUGUUUAAACAUUCAACAUCUGCUGUACAUAAUUUUUUUGUCUUGGAUUGCACACAAACUUACACCCCACUUUAAGCUUCCGAGAUGUUGUAAUAAUUGAUAUUCUUAGACAAGGAAGAUAUGGGAUGCCUGUUUAAUUUUUUUUUUUAUGAAUCCCACUUUUGAAAUUAUAUAACGAACCACAAUUUCCUGCGCCGCUUGAUGUCGAACAUCGUUGUUAAACCGCAUUUUUCGCAAUAAUACAAAAAUUUUGUAAAAGAAA